CGAGUGAGGCAGGCGUCGCCCAUCCGCUGAAGACUUUGCCGAGAAUUGCAUGACUUCAAUAAAUAUGCACACCGGAUUUGUAAACAUAACAAUUUAAUUGUCGUACGGUUCUCCACUGUACUAUAUACCUUGUAUUUACCUCUGACACUGUUGCACAGAUUGGAAUCAAGCACUUCGCAUAAUCUGACACACGGACCUCAAAAGAGGUUGCGCAGUGAAAUUGAUACCAUCAACUCUAGAUGUUCGUGCAGACUGUCUACAGAAAAGCGUCUACUGUGGUUGAAAACGAGGCAUCAUCUGGCUUGUUCGGUGCUUAGCCAGCGAAUACUGUAGUCUCUCAGUUCCAGGAGUAUUUUUACCCCGGCAGAGUCUGACGCAUAAGUGAUUAGCCAGCCCAACGCUAAUAUUCUGAUUUAUUCCACCUUUCAUCGGUUGAUAAAGUAUUAUUAUGUGAACCUGUGAGAGGAAAGUAACAUUCUCGGAGGCUGAGAAUUCCAAGAUGGCGGCGGAGAUCAAAAGACCCAUCCUGAAGGGGCCCAGGGUUAUCCCGCCGCGGCUGACCACCAAGAGCUCCACGGAUCUGUUACCGCUGGAGAUGAGACUAGGCACCAGCAAAGAAGCGCAACCGGCAGCCAUUUUGAAACAGAAGCUGGUGAAGAGACUUGACAUUCCUGCGCAGCCGCAGACGAGGCGGAAGUCGGCGACAGACAUUGACCAUCAAAAGAAAUUCGCAGGACGGGACCAGACGGGCCAAUCGACGGCAAGCCUGCUGUACGUCCACUGCAAGCUCAAUGGCGAUGAAGCAGUUGCCAUGAUAGACACAGGAAGGGUGGAGUCCAUCAUACCACGUGGUAUCGCACAGGCGUAUGGGUUGAUAGCCGUGGGCGGGAAAGAGAUCAAUAACCAUAGCAACGGAGCCACGCACAAAUGCCCGGAGAUACGGACGGACGAUUUCAGGAUCGUAACCCAGCUCCGACUUGGGAGGGCGCCCUUUGAAUGCAAUCUGACAGUCGUGCCUGAUGAUUCCAAUGUGCUUUUAACAACAAUCGGAAUGGAUGUCUUACAUCGACAUAAGUGCAUCUUAGACGUGUCCUCCCGUGUGAUCUACCUAGACGGUCUGUCGGGCGACGCCAAGCAACUACUGACCCACGAGGAGGUCUUCGGUGACACUAGGCUCGUUCGCUCACAGUCCUCAACUUUGUAAAAAUAAUGUGACCAAAAUAAGAGCGAACAAGUGACCACGGAAAAUAUAUCAUCGAUGUUACUAUAGCACUGCUACACGUUACAUAAAUCUUACUACAUGUAUUUGAGGCAGUACGGUCUUGUUAAUUAAUGAUUUCUUUUUAAAUUUUGAUUGUGUAUACCUGUAUUCUUCUAGAGCUCUUAAUCCUAAAGGGGCUGGGGCGGAUCUGAAUCCGCCCCCCCCCCUCAAUUUUCU